AUGGCCUUCGUGAAGGUCUUGAAGAAUGCCGCCUACUUCAAGAGGUUUCAAGUUGCCAAGCGACGCCGUAGACAGGGCAAGACAGACUACCAUGCUCGUCGCAAAAUGGUUCGCCAGGACAAGAACAAAUUCAACAACCGAAAGUACCGGCUCGUGGUCCGCUUCACCAACAAGCGCUGCAUUUGCCAAUGCGUUUACGCCACACUUCGAGGGGAUGUGGUCGUCGCUGCUGCCGCAUCAAACGAGCUUCUCCACUUCGGCAUCGUGGCAGGGCACAAGAACUACGCUGCAGCCUACGCAACAGGGCUGUUGUUGGCCCGCCGGGUGUUGAAGAAGUUUGGCUUGGACGAGAAAUUCAAGGGCAAAGAGGAACUGGAUGGUGAGGACUACCAUAUUGAGGACGAGGACAACGAGCAGCGGCCCUUCAAAUGCAUCCUUGAUGUCGGCAUUCGUCGCACUUGCGUGGGACACCGCAUGUGGGGAGCUCUCAAGGGCGCCGUGGACGGUGGCCUGCAUAUUCCUCACAGCACGAAGAACUUCCCUGGCUUCAAAGCAGCAGAUGAGAAAGGCGGAGAAUCUGAGUACGAUGCAGAAGCCCACAAGGAGAAGAUCUUUGGAAACCAUGUGAAAGAGUACAUGGAGAUGCUCCAGGAGGAAGAUCCAACAAAGUAUGAGGCACACUUCGCCAAGUACAUCGAGGCGGGCAUAGAUGCCGAGAAGAUGGAGGAGAUGUACACGGAGGCUCACGACAAGAUCCGUGAGGAUCCAGAUGGUGAGAAGGCAGACAAGAAGGACAUCACGUACGAGAAAGACGGUGAUACCAUGAAGGCGUCGGACGGCACUGAGCACACCCGCUUCCAUAAGAUCACUCUGGAACAGCGUCGCGAGAAGGUUGCUGCCAAGAUUGCAGCCGCGCAGGCAAAGAUGAUGGAGGAUUGA